AAAGGGAGGGAGGAAAUAAUUGUUUAACCCUUUAAAACAAGUCAAUCUAUUAUAUUAAAAUUCCUUUUAUGACCGAGCAUUUUUCUCAAAUGCUUUAAUCGAGUUUUCUUCAGCUUCUGAACUCUCCGUUUCCUUCUUAUAGGUACAGAUCGAUCUUAAUAAAAUUCUCGUCUCGGUUUGCAAUUACGUUGAAAAACUUGAAAAGAUUAGCCGGAUAAUGGCGUCGUUGGAAUCGGCCGAUUUCCCGAACGAGCCGUGCUGUUGCUGCAGUUACAAUCCCUUCAAAGACACUUCCAAAGAGUCGGAGAUCCAGGACCUCUCGUUUGCCCUGAGGAAGCUCACGAUAAUGAAGUGUCAGAUGAAGAAGUGGCGAAUGGAAAGACUUCAGCUCGAGAGCGAAAAUAGGUCUCUGAAACAAACCCUCCAGACAUUCGGUAUCGAUGUAUGAUAUUUCGUACCUUCUCUCUCUCU